AUGGGGAAAUUGCCGGAAGAGAAAUACAAGGGGGAUCAUCACGUAGAUCCGGAGGGAAAUAAAGUUAGCGUUUCGAAGAAAUCACGAUGUAGAAAAUUCUGCUGCCGUUUCUUUGCUGUUACUUUUGGACUCCUUACGACUUAUAUUUCAACGAUUCUGAUCGUUUACAAACGGGUUCAAAAAAGAAUCGCUAUUGACACGCUGGACCUUCCAACUCAAGGAGGCUCGGAUAAUUACUGCGACUCAUUCUACGUCGAGCCAUCCUCCUCAGUUGGCCCGUAUCUUUAUGACAAUACGUUUGAUAUUUCGUCACCGAUCGAUUGGUCAGAUUCAGGCGGAGAAAAUGCUCUUAAUAAGUUCAGAGCCAUCGGAACUCACAAUUCCUACCACCGACAACAGUAUCCAGGUUCCCCAACGUACUGGGCGAACUGGUGGGCUCGGGCGAUCCCAGACUGGAGUUAUGAACACCCACCUUUGACCCAGCAAUUUUCGAUGGGCUGGCGAACGCUUGAACUUGACUUUCACAUGCGAAAGAAGGCCUCGCUCAUUUAUCACAUUCAAAUGUGGGAUCAGCUGACUAACGAGUGCACAUGCGCCGCAUCAUGCUUUAAAUUGAUCAACGAUUGGUCGGAGGCGAACGCGGGUCACUUCCCCUUGUUCAUCAUGCUUGAGCCGAAAUUAUUGGGAUUUCUUGAAGACUCUGAAGCGAUGAGGGAAGAAAUAACGCUCGAAAAACUGCUGCUCUUCGAACAAUUGGCGAUUCAGAGCUUUGGAAACAAGAUCGUCACUCCAGACGCCCUCCGGAACGGAAAAGAGUCAGUUCUCGCUUCGAUUCAAGAAAGUGGCUGGCCAAGUGUUGAGAAUUUCUACGGAAAGAUUUUCUUUAUCAUUUGGAAGGAGAUUGACAACGAAUUGAUCCAGCUGUACAUUGAAAACACGAAUGGCUUGGAAGGCCGAGCAUUUUUCCCGUACCAAUAUUUUGGGAACAGAUACGAAGGCGGUGGAAUCACUCCAUUCCUGAAUAUGGAUGGGCCGCAAUCCGAAACCAUUGAUGCUCGGAAAGAGGGCUUUAUCACUAGAGUGCGAAUGAAUACAGUGCCCGGUUUGUCCCCAGAUGACACUGGUGAAAGCGACGGUCGUUAUGAAGACUCAGUUAAUCAGGGCGGUAAUAUCAUCUCAUUCGACCAAAGAUACGACUACUGCUGGGAACUGCUCAAGAAUGACGAACGAUGCGAAGUGUUCACGCCAGCUGGUGAUAAAAAUGCAAAAGUCUGCAAGUGGACUUAUAAUUCUGAUCAAUAA